GAGCCUGUAAGAGCUUAUUUGCCACGAUGAACAGGAGUGACUGCUGUGGACAGCCAGAAGUCAGGGAAGGAGACAGGAUGACUGAAGGAAUGCAUUCUCCAAUGAAUGAAUGAAUCAAGGUGGCAUGACCUGUGUCAGCCCAGGCCCUAACCUUGGACCUCCCAGGUGUCCCAGCCCCUUGCUGGACCUCUGACUGCCCCAUCUGGAUGGAGCCUCUGUUCCUGCUGCUGCUGCUGCUGUGGCUACAGAAUUGCAUCUCAGGUUCUUCUGUUGAGAGCGUGUACAAAAAAGUGCAGCACCGUGAAGGGGACACUAUGUCUGUGCAGUGCUCCUACAAGUUUCGCAGAAACCGCGUGGAGGGCAAGGCCUGGUGCAAGGUCAGGAAGAGGAAGUGUGACCCUGGGUUUGCCCGCGGCUGGGUGAAUGGGCCCCGCUACUUGCUGCAGGAUGAUACCCAGGCCAAGGUGGUUCGCAUCACCAUGGAAACCCUGAAGCGCCAGGACUCAGGCCGAUACUGGUGCAUGCGCAACACGUCUGGGAUCCUCUACCCCCUGAUGGGUUUCCUUCUGGAAGUGUCUCCAGCACCCACGACUGAGAGGAAUGAUCCUCUUACACGUUCAGCCAACAUCCUCAAGAAUGGAAUUGUCACAAUGGGCCAAGAGCCCACCUCAGGCCCUGAUGCCCCUUUCACCUCUGGCAUGACUGUGUUCACAAGUGGAUUCCUCACCUUGACCAGACUCUUGUCCCCUGCUGCCUCAGGGACCACCAGGCCAACCUCUGUGACAGGCAACAGCUUCAUGGGUACCAGUGCCACCACUGCAGGGCAUAGAAGGACCACAGGGCCACAGUCAGUGACUGUGUCUUCCAGCAAUACCAGAGCCUCCACUGCUGACCCAGUGUCUACCUCCAGCAAGUCCAGGCAUGUUAACAGCAACAUCCCCACCAUCGGGACAUGCCACAACCAGUUACCCUCCCUCAGGUCCCAGGAGCCUUACCUCACUGUGCUUGUGGUGGUGCUUAUCUUCCUCCCAGUGCCUGUGAUGUUGGUUGUGCUCUAUAGGUUUUGGAAGAAGAGACACAUGGGAAGCUAUAACCUAAGCAGCAAUUCUAUGAGACCCUGGAAGCACCCACCUGGAGCACAAGAGUCCCCCUGGAAGCCUGCUUGGUUUGAGAUCACUUAACAAUGGAGUGGGAAGCUUCUCCUGGUGGAACCCAGGAGGCCAGAAGAAGAUUGAAGACCAGGGUCAGGCCCAAGGGGAGGGGACACAGCUAGAGCUUCUCUCUCUCCACAGCCAGGGCUACUGUGUCCUCAGUUUCGCUUUGCUCCCUUCAAACCUCCCAGUAUGCCUGUGGAUGAUGAGCCCCAGUAGCUGAUAUUCCCAAAAAGGAAGAGCUUAGACAGUGACUAAGAGCUGGGGCCACAGAAAGGUCUGCAGCAAGAGAUCCCAGAGCUGUCCAAGGCUUCCCUGUCUGGCCAUGCAUCCUCUGAUGGGCGUGCAGGGAGCUCUGGAUGAGCCCUAACUGCAGCUGCUGGUGUCCUUUGGUACUGGAAGCUCAUAGAGUCCACACUCCCACCACUGCCACCUACUGGCUGGCCCUUCUUGGGUAAGCUGAGGGCCUUUGGCUGCAGGUCAAAGCUCUCACCCUCAGUUACACCAGUUUCUACAUGUGGUCUCCAAGUCUGAGCUUCUGGAAGGGACUGAGGGCCCAGCAGCUUCCAGCAGGGUCCACACCCUGAGGUGCCUGACACCCAUCUCUGUCUAGAGGGAACUCACCCACAGAUGCUGUUGGGGAAGCCAGGGCUUGGAGAAAGACUAGUUCUCAGCGAAGGCACUUUGGAUCUGUCCACAUCAUGGAGAAGUGACCCUGAUGGGGGCAGGGAUAAUGGGGCCCAGGCAGUCUCUGGCCAGGGGUUGAAUGGCCUGUGGAGCCUGCCUCUUACCUUUCCACUUGUAGCGCAGAUGUGGCCUCUGCUAUCCAGACCAUUGGCCUGGAACCCAUCAGGGAAGGGUGCUGCAAGUUGAAUCCCUUCCCAGAGAGGGGUGUCCACAAGCCUGCAAUGAUUGGGACAGCUGCUGCAGAUACAUGCAUGAUAUAUCCACUCUUGGCUCUGGGUUGGAGAACUCUUGGUGGGAAAACAAACAUCAUGGUCAGAAGAGUGACACAACUGGGGUGGGAAGGCAGUGAGAGCCACUCCAGGAUGUUUGUGGGGAAAGAGGGAGCUCCGGGCCCCCCUACCCCAGCCAGCUAGCUGUCAACCUGGGACAGCAGUGAAGCACCUCUUCCUACUUCCAGGAGGGGGCAGUGGAGAGAAAACUCAAGUUGACCCCUCACAGAUCUGGUUCCAGGACACACAUUUUUGGCCAGCAAGCAACCUACUUAGAGCCACCAUCCUGGUGGUGAGGCUUAACUGGCCUGGGGGAUUUGCUCCUCAAGACCCCACUUCCAUUUGUGACCCAGCACCAGCACAGCCAGACAGCUCCAUCUCAUGUCGGUAGGGUGCCCUGGGAGAAGAGCACUGAAGAAGCAGUCAAGGACAGACAUCAGUGAUGCUACUGUCACUGUGUGACCCUGAGCAAGCCACUAACCCUAGCUGGGCCUCAUUUUUCCUCUCUUAUGGAAAAGGACAAUAAUUCCUACCCCUCAAGAUUGUUUUGGGGAUAUAAUGAAGUGCCACAAAUACUGAAAUUGUGCUGAGGCCUCUUCAUUACUGCUCCUCACUUCCUUUCCACUUCUGUUGCUCUCACAUUCUGUUUUCAAGACCUGAGGAUGCAGUUUCUGUGUUUUAUCCUUUCUCCUCCCAAGUGUCCUCAUCACAUGAGUGAGGGGAGCUUGUGACGGUGGCCCCUUUGGAAACACCCUCUUGUGAGGAGUGAAGAUUCAGUCCUUAGUCUUUGCUCUGAUGAUUUUGAGCCCGUAGUGGGUGAUGCAGAACACAGCAGCAGAGGUGUGUGGAGGAGGAAAGGCAGACGGGAAGUAGAGAUGGAGGAAGGGGAGGAAGGGGCUCUGGACCAGGUAUAACCUUCAAGGCAUGACCUCAGUGACCUACUUCCUCCCCCGAGGCCUCACCUCCUAAAGUUUCCAGAACCUCCCAAAAUAGCGCUACCAACUGGGGACCAGGUGUUCUACUGUGAGCCUUUGGGGGACAUUUUAUAUUCAAACCAUAACAGCCCCUCAUCUCAGUGUGACCUCAGCAAGUCACUGUUCUCUAAUCCUAUUUCUUUAUUUGGAAAGGAGGAUGGGGAAGACUCUGAAGCUCCUCUGUGUCACUUGUUAGGUCAAGGGCAUGUGCAGAUCAGCUUCAUGUGCACAACUCAGCUUUGGGGGAGGCAGAGCACACAGAUAAGGGACAGCAGCUAGCCCUGGCCUCAGUCAGCUCACAGCUCCAAGGGAAGCGAAGGCAUGGUGUGGUUGGGUUUCACCCAGGCUCUCUCACAGGUGCCACAUGUAGGAGACAGGGCAUGUCGGAGUCCUUCAUAGAUGGGAGCACUGGGGUUCCUCUAGGCUUGGGCCAGACUGGUAGGCUUCAAUGGAAGAGGUGAGGCCAACUGAGGCUUGAAGUACAAGCUAAAGUUAAGAGGUGAGUGAUGCCUGGAAGAGGUCCUGGGAGUGUGGGUGUUGCAGUGGGGAGCCCUGGGAAGGCUCCACUGGAAGGGUCUGUGGAAGAGGUCAGGGGCAGAUACCAGCUGGUAGGUGCUGCUUGCAGGCAGAGCCUUCGACUAUGGCCUGAGGUUAUGCAGGGUUGUGUGACAGUUACCAACCAUCCCUGUUUGAACAGAUGAGGAGGUUCCUGGAACCAAGUGAACCCAUGCAAGCUGCUCACACUAGAAGCCUGCCCCUAUGGGAACUCUGAGUAAGGACGUGGUGUACUGAGAAGGACCUACAGACUCCCAUUUCCCACCUCACCCACUCCUGUGGGCCUGGGUGGCCUCUGGGACACUUUCCUCAAAACCCUGGCAUCCUCCUUCCUAUUCUCUGGAGCUCUGGGAGACACAGGUCUCCAUAGGCUCAGGGUAGGGAGGGGUAGGGCUGGCAGGGUUUCAGACAAACCAGAGAUGGUGCUCACAUUGGUGGGAGACAACCAUGCUUCCUGAGCUACAGGCUGUGGAGAUAGGACACCCUGUUGUCAGGCUUAGGGUCAUAACCCAGUAGUGUAAAGUAACACAGAGGUGCAAGGGUCCUAGAGAAGAGAACACACACACGGUCACACAAACUGUCUCCAUGGAGCCCAGCAAACAAGUUCAGGUUUACAGUUCUGAAUGGCUACAGAAUAUGCUGGUCACUCUACUCACAGGUAGGGAGUGGAUGCUGCCAGCCCUGACUUCAGCACUGAUGGUCUGCCUGCCUGUGCUAGGGGAAGAGAGGCAGAAGUCUGCUUGGUCUUUCCCUUUGGGCUGCCUCAGCAGCAGACGACAUCUUGUCAAGGCCAAAUCACCUCCAGGUUACCCUGCUUCCCAACAGACUUACUGUGGAGAGUGGAGUAGAAGCCUAUGGGGACAUAAGAUGCAGAGCAGCUGCUUUUCCUAAGAUAUUUAUGUCAAAUAAUCUGUAGACUGAGAUUUGGCACAGCCACAGCCGCAGAAGAGAGCGAGAAGGCAAGAUGCAGCUCAGCUGCUUUUCCUAAGUUAUUUAGA